GUUUUUCUAAUCUUCUUAACUUUCUUUGUCUCACAAGCGCUGUCUCAUAAUAAAUUUAUCUGUCACAGAUCAAACUGAAGAAACUCUGACAGAAUUUUCUUGCGUGUUGUUAUGUAGUUUCAACGUUUCGUGAUUUUGCCUUAUCCGUCCAGCUAACUUUUCGAUCGACCGCGACAGUAUAAAGGUAAUCGGGGAGCCGCUUCAAUAUACAAACAUGUCGGGCCCGGAGAAAGGAGUGGAUACGGAUCCCGACUAUGCGGUCGUUUGUGGCUUCCUCCGACGGUAUGGGGAAGCUCUGGGGCUGCCGCCCAUGUCUUACGCCGAGCUCCAGAGAGCCUUGGAGGACACCACCAGGCUGAACCCAGACUUGAUCAUGAUGCAGGUCAAGUUGAUGCGUAAGAUCGGGAAGAGUGUGUCCUCGGACAAGUGGGAGAGGUACCUCGUUAAGAUGUGCCGUCAGUUCUCUCAGAUUGCAGCCUGGGAGAUGGAGCAGGGUGGGUACCAGGAGGUGGACCCUAACAUCAAGCUCAAACUGCUAAAGUACCUGUGCGAGCGCCAGUUUGACGACAACCUGAAGUUUCGUGCCGAGGUGUUGAAUAAAGAAGAAGCAGACGCGAUGCGCGAGAAACCUCUGGGACGAGACAAAAAUGGCAUGCUGUACUGGUACAUGCAGGAUGCAGACAUGAACUUGCACCUGUACCGAGAGGAGCCAGACGACCAGUAUAACUCCACCUGGCAGGUGGUCUGCAGGACUCGUGAUGAGUUGGAAGGUCUCAUUGCAGAGCUGGAGGGGGGAGGGAAGGACACUGCUGACCAGGAGGAGGAGGACGAUAAGUCCACGUCCACUGACCAGGCCAGUCUGGCCGGUAAGAUUAAGGACAAAUGUACCAAUGGUCAGUAUGAUGAGGACAAGGAAAACAAGGAGGAGGCCCAAACAGAUGUCAAGCCAAAAAAGGACAGCCAACUGAAAGAAGAUAAAGAAGACAUCAAAACUGCCACAGAUGACAAGCCAAGAAAAGAGAGUCAAGUAAAGGAAAACAGAAAGGACGUUCAAGCAGCUACAGAGGACAAGUCAGGCAAGGAAGAAACCAGUAAGCCCAUCACCUCCCAACAUGUCAGUGUCAUCGUGAAGAGAGAGAUCACUCAAGAGCCUGUCAAACCAGAACCCACAAUGUCCACCUCAAAAGAAGAUGAAAAAAUGAACAAGGAAAGUGUUAUUGUGAAGUCUGGGUUAGAAUCUAGUGCUGGCACGAGUGAGAAAAGCGCAACAUCUUCCAACCAGUCCGAGGCCAAAGAUAAAGGAGAAACAAGCAAGGGUGGCAACAAACAACAGGAACCCUCGCCUCCGCCAAAACCGGUUAGCCAUGUGCACAAGGGAAUCCAUUCUAUUGAGAAUAUCCUACGCGAUGUCCCCAUUAAGUGCGAAAGAGACGCUAUCACAGAACCGCCGCGUGUGGUCAGCGCGAGUAUGGAUCCUACCGUAGGACUGCAGACGUUUGCAAACGGUAGGAUACACUACUGUAUGGGGGAGGGCAGCAGUAUGGACAGUGUUCCGCUGCAGGGAGAGAUGGGCAGCCAGGAUGGACAGAAGGAAAGAAGGAGCCCUACGGAAGGUGGCAGUACAGCCAAAGAAGAGGACAAGGGUGCUAACAGCAGAGAAAUGUCGGAAACUGCAGCAGUUGAAGAAGCAAAGAGUAAAGUGAGAGAAAUACUGUCCAAGAACACUUUGAACAAUUCAAGCAGCAAUACUGAUGAAUCGUCAGAGGUGAGAACAGCCAAUGAGAGGGAGGGUCAAAGGUCAGAUGUUAAUAACACUGGGAACAAGAUGUCUGAUUCCGGGAAAGAGAUGCAGACCACUGAGAGGGAGCAGGUCUCCACCAAUCGUGUCUCAGAUGACAAAAGUGAGAGUAAAAAGACUGAGGAGUCAAGGUCAUCGAUUGAACCUGAAGAGAGCAAGGUCAAAGAGAAGGAGGAAAAGGAGAAGAAAGCUGAAACUUCUCCAGUUAACACUACAUCAGAGAGUGAGAACAGUGAGAGAGAGAGUAAAGAACCUGAGAAAAAAACUGAGGCAGCUGGGGAGGAUGUGACCAAGCAUGGUGGUGAGAAGAGUCCAAAGCCUGGGAAAGAGAGUGAGAAACCUGACGAAAAGGAACAAGAGAACCCUGGGAACAAGACUGCAGAUUCUUGUACAAGUAAGGACAAACCUGGGAAGGAGAGCAAAGACCCUGACAUGUCAGCUGACAACACUGGGGAAGAGAGCAAAGACUCUGAUACGAAACCCAAGAAGAGUGAACACCCUGAAGAGGAAACAGAAGAAGACCACAAAGAAGAUGCCACUGAAAAAGACGACUUAGAAACAUCUGAAGACACCACCAAGCCCCAAAGGGGCAGGAAAAGAGGGAGGAGGGGUAGAAAGGGUCUUAAAGGAGCCACAAAGAAGCCAGCAAAGGAGAGGGAUGAGGAUGUAGAAGGGAAGGAAGAAGAAGGAGAAGAGCUUGAUGACAGCAGAAGUGUGAGUAAAGACUCUGAGAGCAGUAAGGAGGCUGUCAGUAGUGCUCCCAUCAGGAGAAGUACCAGGGCCAGGAAAGCUGUACAACAAGUCUACACACCUGAAGUUAAGAAGAAACCUGUCACCUACCCAAAAGAGCCAUCCGAACCCUCCCUGCCCCCCUCCCCAAAACCUGUCAAGAAGAGCCGAGAGAAGAGAGGGCGUGGCAAGAGGAGGGGGCGGCGCAGGAAGGACAGCACGAGUGAGGAAGAAUCGGAGGAUGAAGAAGAGGAGGAGGAUAGUUCAGAAGAAGAGGAGAGUGAAUACCCUACUGAGGACGACUCUCCCUGCUGUAAAUGUGGCAUGUACAAUCAUCCGGAAUGGAUCCUCUUGUGCGACAAAUGUGAUAGUGGUUAUCACACAGCCUGCUUGCGCCCCCCUCUGAUGAUGAUCCCUGAUGGAGACUGGUUCUGUCCCAGCUGUGAACAUGUGCAGCUGGUGAGUAAACUGAGAGAAGCCUUAGCAGAAGUGGACCAGGAACUCAAGAAGAAACAACGAGCAGAGCGCAGGAAGGAAAGGUUGACGUACGUUGGCAUCAGCCUGGAGAAUGUCAUUCCUGAGCCUGAUCCUAAGUCUGAGAUGGUAGGCAGUGAUGAGGAGGAGAGGAUCAGGCCUCGUCACCAGCACAAGAAGAAGAAGAAGCAGCACCACGGACACCACCGCCGCCGCCACUACUACGACGACGAGAAACCCGUCAAGACCAUCGCGGAGAGACGCACGUCGCGGCGCACAAGGAAGGACAUCUCCUACAGGUUUGACGACUUUGACGAGGUCAUCAACGAAGCCAUUCAGGAGGAUAUCAAAGCAUCAGAAGGUGCAGGAGGAUAUGGGGGUAAGGACAUAGAGAACAUCAUCGCUGCAGAGGGUGGCGUGGUGAAGAAGGAGGGACCGAAGAAGGGCCGCCGCCGCAGACUCAUGGACCUGGACGCAGACAGCGAGGAAGAAGUGGGGAGUGAGGAAGAGUACAACAUGAGCGAAGGAAGUGAGCAGAGUGAGGUUGAAGAGGAGCCCAGUGAACCCAGCGAGGCCAGUCUGAGUGACAGUGAGGACUCCCUGGCACAGAGGACCAGGAGGAGGUUUCAGUCCCGACGCUCCUCCAAGGCCACCCGCAGGAGUUCCCGCCUCAGGUCCGGCCGCAAACGCCGGUACUGGGACUCAGACGAGGAGGAAGAAGACAUCGAUGACGAACAUUCCAGUGUGAGUAGUGAGAACAUUCCCAGGUGGUCGGGUGUGAGGACGUACUCUGCUCGCCGACAGAAGGUCUGCUACAAGGAGUCCUCCAGCAGUGAGGAGGAGAAGGAGAAGACUAAGAGAUCGGACCUGCCAGACCUGGAGUGGGAACCAGAGAGUGUGAAAGAGGAGGGGUCCCCCAGGAGGAAACGACCACGCCUGGAGUCCAGCAGUGAGAGUGAGUCCAGCUCGGAUGAGACCAGGGAGGAACCAAAGAAACCAGCUAGACGGCAGCUCGAUACUUCUGAAUCCGAUGAUGACGAGGAAGAGGAAGAAGAAGAAGAAAAGGAAAAAGAAGAGUCGAAAGACGACCAGGAAACAAAAGACCAAGAUGAAGAAGAGGAAGAUCCCAAAAAGAAAGAACUGUCAUCAGAAAAGGACAACAAGGAACAAGACACAUCAGCAGAAGGGAACAAGAUGGGGGUAUCAUUUCAACUUCCCAAAGUCUCCAAAUCCAUGGAGAGUUCUCCGACGACGGACACCCUUCCACUUCCCGCACAGAUGACACAAAACGGUACCCACGAUUCCUCGGGACGGAGCAGUCGGCAAUCGGGAGAAGACGAAGACGAACUAUUGGCCAAUGUCAUGGACUUGGUCGCGUACGUUACCGAAGACGACUGAUUGGUUGAACAUGUACCUAUCUGUGACUUAUACUGUCUAAAAAGUCUUUCUUACACUUUCUUGAAUCAAGUUGCAGUAAGGAAAGCAUUCAGUGGUGCCCCCUAGACUGUAGACACAUAUACUUGUGUUGUGUCUAUUAUGUACAUGUAAGAUGAGUGCUAUUUAUCUCACAGGUCAGUCUGACAUGCUUCUUGCCUGACAUGCUUCUUGUCUAUAGCUGUUUAAGGGCUAUUCCAUUGUCCAAGUGGAGGGGGGUAUUCAGAUCAUUUGAUUCCCCCUCCUAUGAUGUCUAAAAUGGAAUAACCCUCAAGUACUCUUUUAUUUACAGUGCUAUAUGAAUCCGGGACAUAUUUACAGCAUUCUCAGCAUAUUUACAGCAUUACAGCAUUUUUUCACACGAAAUUUUGCUUUGAAACAACUACCUGGUAUCACCAGGACAAAUACCAAAUACUUACCCCAGCAUCUUUGCUGUACUAAUCCAAAGUAGAUGUGCUCCAACCGCUCAUUUGUGAACCAUUCCAGAGCAGCUUUGUACUGAACCACUCGCUUGUAAAUAACGUGUAUCGCUCGAAGUGCUAUAGUUAGCUCGUGUUGUAGAAGAUGGCACUGUGAUAUAUUUAAGACCAAUUUGUAAAACUUGUACAGAGUUUUAACAGAUAGGUUUUAGUUCCCUUUGGAGUUAUAUACCUACUGUUGGUGGGGGAGAGGGGGUAAGUAUGUAUAUGUAUAGACCAUUUCUUUGUUUGCAAAUGUCAACAAUUAUAUUGGUGGGUUGGAUACUAGUAAACAACUACAUGUACUCCCCACCCCCUUCUACUCAUAAACAUGGUUUCACCAGGGCCUCUCUUAUUUAAAAAAAGUUGAGAGGGGUGUUAAUUAUUUGGAGCACAAAAAAGCAGUUCAAUUCAUUGGGACAUUCAAAAUGAUUAAAAUGACUGAACUGAAUGAUUCCACCCUCCUUGGAAUUUUUUAAUCUUUCUUUUUCGAACUCUGGACUGCAUCCUUCUCACCCCCAUCUUUACAUUGAGAAUGGUAUAUUCCUUGGUAUCUGUAAAUAUAACCUACCAAUUUUGUCUAGGUACAGACAAGAAAUUUGAUUUGAUGUCAAAACAAUGAAUAUGGUUUCUUGAUGACCAUUUUGUAGCAGUAUUUUAAAUAUUUUCUAGUCAAACCAUGUAAGUUCUGUCCCCAAGUAAAAACUGUCUGUAAAUAGUUCUAUGUAGAUUCGACAUGAACACUUUUGGAUAAAAAAAGAUGUCAAAACAGGUUGUUUUUAUGUAAAAAGAUAUCACAAGUACUAGUAAUAUAGCUUACACCUUGUUGUUAUUAAUGGUAUAGGACAUUAUGUUUGUUAAUUAUUAUGAUAGUUUGUCGGUUAGUUGGUUUCUUGUUUGAUCUAUUAAGAGGUUAGUUGAAAAGUCAUUCAUUGAUUUUUGUUUGUAGCACAAGAGAAAAGAUGUGUUUUAGAAAAAUCUACAACCAAAAUCUUUUUAAAGGAUUAUCAGCAUUAGAGGAAAGGGCCAAAAGUAUUUGUUGAAAUAUUCAACUUCGAUUGCUUCAUUGGCAAAGGCUUUGGUUCCCAAAAUGUUGGGUUAUUCUUAAAUCUUUUCUUAAUCACAGCAGGAACAUUAACAAGCAUCAUCGUAUUUUCUCCGAUAAGUACAUACUUCCAAUAGAUGGACCCAUAGACCUGUCAUUUCGUGUACAUUGAUUCCAGUGAUACUGCAUAUUAUAGCAUACUAGCAACAGCAAAAUAUUGGAAUGUACUUCCUUAUACUUCUAUCAAUCCCACAGCCUUUAAAACAUUUGAGUAAGAAGAAAAAGACCAACAUUUAACUUGUGGCAAUACCAUAAAUUUUAUUCUGUAAUGAUUCAUAGCCAUGUCUUUUAUGAAGAAUUCCCUUUUUAUUAAAGAAAUGAUUGUCUUAUUCUUUUUUUGCAGUCUAAGAAGAUACAUUUCACUGAUGAGAAAUACCUUAUAUUACUGUCUGCUGGAACUGUACAUUGAAAAUAUGUGACCAGAGCACGUCAUUCAGUGUACAUACUCUACAAGCUAUUUAUGAUGAUCAGAUUGCAGUAUUAGUUGUUUCACAUAAUAUAUAGUUUUUACUACACUUUUACAUCUAGUGGCCAUAAUUUAACGGUUUUAGUACUUUACAAUGAAGGAAUAUAGUUUGGUUUAUUUAACAUUUUAAUGAUCGGGAAAAUAUUGGUUGUAUGUAUGGACAAGAGACUAUUAUAAAAUAAUGGUCCUGUGCAGUAAAAAAAAGUGUCCAUUUUUAUAAGGAACUUCAUGAUGUGUACUUCCCUGUACAUGUAUGUUGUACUGUACAUUAGGUAGUGUUGGUAUUCAGAUGUCUAGUGUUGACAGGGAUGACAUGAUUGUGUUCAUCUAUAUUUAGAGAAUGUAUGCUUGUAGUAAAACCAAAGUAUUGGAUUA